AAUUUGAAAACAAGAAAGAAAGAAAAAACUUGAAGCCGACUCUUUCUCUCUCAAGUCUCAACCUCAUUGUUUAUAUAUAGGCACAUUUCGUUCUCUUUUCCCUUGCUUAUUACUACACAAAUUUUUAUUUCUUGCUGCAAAAGUAUAUUGCUAUUUCUUCAUGCUCCGUUAACCAAUUAAUAUAUAUACAAAAAUAUCAGUAUAACAACAAAACGGAAAAAUGAGUUGUAAUGGUUGUCGAGUCCUUCGAAAAGGAUGCAGUGAUAACUGUAUACUGAGACCUUGUUUGCAAUGGAUCGAAACACCGGAAGCACAAGGACACGCUACUGUAUUUGUAGCUAAGUUUUUUGGCCGUGCUGGACUUAUGUCCUUCAUUUCCGCCGUUCCAGAAAACCAACGGCCUGCUUUGUUUCAGUCCUUGUUAUACGAAGGUGCUGGGAGAACAGUGAACCCAGUCAACGGUGCUGUAGGUUUAUUAUGGACAGGUAAUUGGCACGUCUGUCAAGCGGCGGUGGAAACCGUCCUCCGCGGCGGCGCGUUACGGCCGAUCUCUGAAUUUCUCGGCGCGUCGGUAGAGAUUGAUGAGGUGUCUGAUUGCACCGAUGUAUUUAAGCUUCAGGAUCCAAGUCUAAACAUGCGACCGAAGAUGCAGAAGCGACGUCGUUCUCUUGAGGAAACUUCAAUGUUGGAUCUCAGUUUAACACCAGGUUUUAAUCAGAAAGUGUAUAAUAGUCACCCUUUGCCGGAGAAUCAUCGGCGACCUGGAACUCCGUCGAUGAAUUCAGAAGAAUCUGGAACAACUACUUGUUUUGAGAGUAGUGCUGUCAUUGGAGAUCAUCAAGGAAAAGAACCCAAAUUACUCAGCUUGUUCAAUUAGUUUGUAUUAAUAUUUUCCUUUUUUUUUUUUUUACUAUGAGGAAGGUUUUUUCCUGGAAGUAAAAUCCGGCGAAUUUUUGUAAAUUAUUGGCACUGGAUUUCCCUCGUGUAGAACGGAGGGGAAAGUGAAAGUUUUGCCGGUGAUUCCUUCCUUGUUUUGUUUUCGUGUUCCAUAACGAGUCUUAUGAAUGUUGGACAUUGAAUAAACUGAUUGUUAAUCUU